AUGAAUAAGCUUAUUUGGUGUGAGGUCUCCUUACUAGCAUUGGCUGUAUUUUUCGUCAUAACAACAAAGGGACUCUGUCGAAAAUUAGAAAAGCUGUCAGAACUUCAUAUCAGUGGAUACAAAGCUCAUGUGGUUCACACGAAUGCUUGCAUUGAAGUUCGAAAAUCUGUCAUCGAGCCGACCGUUUUCGACCCCGAGGUUCCAAUGGGAGAGAGGUUCCGAAGAGCGUAUACUGACGACUGUUGCUGUGAAAUCACCUCAAAAACUCUAGAAAUGAUAACACUAGAGCGACAUGACGGCGGCGCAGAUCGGGAUGUGCUCUAUUUUAGGAUCAAUGAAUGUGGUUGUAUACCUUGUUCUGAAAUUAGUAUUUCCGGAUAAAUUAAUUACAUUAUUAUAUAAUUAUAAUCCUGUGAUAUGUGAUAAAACGGACAAAUAUUUAAAAGGAUGACACAUAAAGUGAUGAUAGUUUACAACGAAUAUGUGCAUGGAACUCUGAAUAAAUGAUACUGUUAGUAUAUAGCAAG